AUGGCGAAAUCACCGCUCUCCAGUUUUCCCAAUGAACUCCUUCAUCUUGUCAUAAAGCAUAUUGAUUUUCCUUCGCGUUCCGCACUCGCACGGACAUGCCGUUCGCUGCACACCAUAACAACCCCAUACCUCUACGGCUCCGCAUAUCUCCAAAAAGGCCAGGUCGACGAGUUUGUGCGCACGAUUUCCGAGAAUGAGCGAUAUGCGAACUUCGUCCAUGAUGUCAAAGUGGUGACUAAUAAUACGCAUGGACCGACGCUGCGAGGAACACAAACCAGCAUUUCCCCAUGUCGUAUUGUUCCGUGUCUCGAUAGACUCCCAAACCUCCAGAGCCUCGCAUUGACCGGGGGCUACUGGAUGUGGGACACUGAUGAUAAUGGCUCCAAACCAAAUGGAGAAAAAUGGGACACUCUUGAAAAGGCUCUGUGGAAUUAUCUCCAAAGGGCAUCAUUGGAAGAACCCAUCGGUAGCAGGGUGUCCCUGAACCUGCGGUCACUCACAAUGGAUCGGAUAGAAAUGAAUGGCCAGGGAGCGGCUCUUAAUUACUCCUAUGCUUUCGUCAUCCCGCAACUCCAUCAUCUGACGUUACGAGGUUUCCAGCUAUUUCAUGAGGAUAUCGAAGUCGAUGCUGAAUUCGAAAGGACAACAGAGCUCAAGUCUCUGCGAAUCGAAAGAUCCUUUGUCAGCUUCGGCGCUUUGGCAUCGGCGUUGCGUGCUCCGCGCGCAUUGCAGUAUCUUGGUAUCUCGCAUGCGGAGGAUUACCAAUACCACGAGAUGCAUUUGGUAGAUGCCAAUAAUAAAACCAUGCAAGAAUUUAUGGACACACUGCUGCUGCAUCGCGAGUCGUUGGAGGGGAUCAAACUUGUCAACGAUGUGUGGUUCUUGCCCUAUGCUAAGCAGUUGCCAAAGCUGGAGCGCUGGGAAGGAUGCGAUGCCAGUUCAAUGCGUUUAUUCCUUGGACUGUGA